UCGUAAUUACGCGUCGAUGCUGGCGACAUACUGUAGACAUAGCCAAUAUAUGAUUAUGUUGCGCUUUAGGAGCGAUCACUCGGUUGUUUUCGUUAUUAUCAGCUGCUGCGGCCUGAGCUGGCUGGGGCGCACCGGCGGACAGAACGUCCAAGUGGUGAAAUGCGGCGGCAAGGGCAUGGACGUGAGCGUCUCCGGUCCCUUUGACGGCCUGCUGAGCGUCAAGGGCUCCCCCUGCCAGGCGGAAGUGCGCCUCAACGCGCAAGCCGCGCCCCUGACCUUCUUCGUGCCCUACGGAGCCAAGUGCGGCGUCUGGGUGGACAACCGGGGCCGCGCCGGUUUCCAGCUGGUGAAGACGACACAGCGCCUGCUGGACGGCGGCGGCGGAAGCGGGGAGCGGCGGGUGUACUACGAGACGGAGGAGGCCAGUGUACUGUGCAAGUACUGGAUCACGCUGCAGGAUGUGCUGCGCGGCCGGUCGCCGGCGUUGCCGCUCGGCGACAAGGACGCCCAGCCGAUGCCGCUGGCCCGCAACCUCUAUCCCAUCGACAUGUACGAGUCGCCCGUACUACUCAUUAAGGAAUAACGCCUGAUCGCCAAUAUUCGCUGUCGUUACUCAAUGAUUUUAUUUGACUUUUUACUGCAUUUAUUAACGUAAUGUAUGCUGCUGCAUAAAGCCGGCGUUAGCUUUCUGAUUCCGGCGGCUGCUUAUAUCCUGAAAAUUAAUGGGGACUCGUCUGCUGUUUUUACUAAGUGUGACUGUUUUAGUUCCGGGGAAGGGAAUGUUCUUAUGUUCUUAGAGAUGCUGUUAAUGCAGACUUAAUCGGAAAGGAUUCAUCGGUAUUAAAGCUCUUC